AGCUAACCUCUCAGCUCUCUGGAGACUCAGCGGCUUUUAGCUCACUGCUGACUUCCGGCUUUGUGACUCCACUGAUUUUUGAAUUCUUUAAAAUUUAUUUGAGACACGCAAAUCUACUUAGCUGCUCCCCCCCACAGGCUGUGUGUGAAGAAUGUGUGUGUAUGAGUGUGUGUAUGUGUGUGUGAGGGUGUGUAGCCUCCUCCUCCUGCCAUUUCCCGUUUGGAGGAGCUUAUCUUAGCCGCUCGGAAUGGGAGUCUCAGUAGCGAGAGGUUUUCCAGGAGCACAUAACUGGCGUUACUCUUCACCGAGCAAACGGAGAAAGUGAUGUAACAGCUCUGUUAGCCGUUCAACGCUCUUAGGUGGCUUGUAUUUCACCAGGGGAAAGAGUAGGCUAUGUCUUUUUAUUUGUAUGACAUUAGAUAAAGGGAAUAAAGGGAAGGGAUAGGGAUAGGGAGUGCACCUUGCGCUUCUGAACACAGCUAUGAGAUGACGCGAGUGGCUUUGUUUGAAUGAACCACUUCCAGUCCAGGAUGGAUGACUUCCCUCAUCUUUUUCCAGACCAAAACCCUCCAGUUCACAUGGAAACGCCGUUACCUCGUAUUAUCGGUGCCUCUGUGGCGACAGGAGCCGGCUCAGGGGUGAGCAGCGCCUUACGGAAUGAUUUAGGCUCCAAUAUUCAUGUUUUAAAAACGCUGAAUCUCCGCUUCCGCUGCUUCCUCGCCAAAGUGCAUGAGCUGGAGCGCAGGAACAAAGUGCUAGAGACUCAGCUGCAGCAGGCUCUGGAGGAGUCCCGCUACAGAAGCUUCUUAAGCCGGGAGCAAGCUAUCCAAACCGACUACGAGCUCCCGUUUGCAGGCCCGCUAGCCGAGGCGAGGGUCCCCGGCAGAAUCUGGAGCUACUCCCACAGCAGGAGGUAUGGAGGCCGGCUGGAGCUGCAUCACGGGCCCGGGGUUUCAUGGACGCACCCAGAUGGAGUCGGAGUCCAGAUCGACACCAUCACCCCUGAGCUGAGGGCCAUCUACAACGUGUUAGCCAAAGUGAAGCGAGAGAGGGACGAAUACAGAAGGAGAUGGGAGGAGGAGUCGUCCAAGUGCCAGCAAAUGGAGGCCAUGGUGGAGACUUUACAACAAAGUGCGCAGGAGUCUGAGGACCUACGGAGAGAACUGAGUGAGAAAGUGGAACAGCUUAAAGCUGAUUUGAUCGUCUAUAAGAGUCUCAUGACCGAUCAAAUGUCAGAUUUGGACUCCAAAAUUCAAGAGAAAGCCAUGAAGGUGGACAUGGACAUUUGUAGACGCAUCGAUAUCACAGCUAAGCUGUGCGACGUGGCCCAGCAGAGGAACUCAGAAGACAUGAGCAAGAUGUUUCAUGUCAGUCCUUCUAGAGCUCCUGCAGACCACAAAGGGGUGUCUGCAGCAUGUAAAAAGAAGGAGCGUAAGGCUGUGUCUGAUGAGGAGAAUGCUGAGGUGGAGGCAGACAGCGAGCACUCUGAGAAGGAGGUUUCUGGAUCUCUGAACAUUACAGAUGAAAUGAAGCGCAUGCUCAGUCAGCUAAUUAGCUCAGAUAACUGCUCUGUCGCCAGGAGGGAGACGUUCGAGUUUGACGAUGACUGUGACAGUCUGGCCUGGGAGGAGACCGAAGAGACUCUGCUCCUGUGGGAGGACUUUACCAACAGCCCUGUUAUUUCCACCUCCACCACUCCUGCUCCUGCUGCUGCCGGUUCACACUCUAGCGCUGCCUGUGCUGCCGAAUGCCACGGAGAAACACACGAGCAGGAUGGAAGUCUGCGCAGUCUGAUAAACGAGACCGAGUCACUCUUUAAAACUAGAGAGCAGGAGUACCAGGCAACAAUCGGACAGAUCGAGCUGGAGUUGGCCACAGCCAAGAGUGACAUGACCAGACACCUGCACGAGUACAUGGAGAUGUGCAGUAUGAAGCGAGGACUGGAUGUGCAGAUGGAGACCUGUCGCAGACUCAUCCAGAGCUCAGCAACCACUGGCAGAAACUCGCCAUUCUUUAACUCUGGAGCAAGCAGCGACUCAGGAAACGCAGAAGACCUACAAGAUGAGCUAGACAGGGAUGGAGAGAAGGACAGAGACAUCGUUGGAAAGAGCGAUGGAGAGACAGAUGUAUAUGGGGAGGUCAGUUGAUGACCCUCCACAUCACAUCCCUCUUCUUCCACAGUGGCACAGGGGGUAGAAACUCUGACCCAGUCUUCCGUGAUAUGCGGCUCUGUGGAUCUCAGAGUCGGUAGUACGUGUGCUGUCCCAAAUUGGGAUGAAAUCAGUUUUACAGAGUCUAUCUCCUGAAACUGUCUUUUUAAUCAGCACUGCCAAGGCAUGGCUCCAUCUUCUCCUGUCCUCUAUCACACUGGCUUGUAAAAUCUACAGUAUACACAAUGUCUUUCAACAUUCUUUCCUUUUUUUAUAGUCUGCUUCAGAGGUAAUCAUGAAAUCCAAUUAUCAGUUUUUAUUCAUCGUAUUACAGCAAAAUAGAUUUGUUGGUCAUUUGUUAGUCAUAAAGGAGCCUAGAAUCAACAUUAACAAUAACAUUUGUUCUGACUCUUGUCACCUGAUCAAUGGAAAUACUGUGUUUUAUACAUUUUAGAGGAAUCAUUGCUCUGAAAUCUGAAAUAUUGCAGAUAAUCACAUAGACACACCAUAUAAGCCAUGCAGUAGGAGCUUCUACACUAAGGUUAGACAACAUUGCACAGUUGUGCACAGAGCACUAUGCAAUAAGCUGCUUUGGAAAUGCAGUUUAACUGUUUUUUUUUUGUUUUUUUUUUUACAGGGACAUUCUUGAUAUUUGUGAAAAAGUGCCCUGCUCUUAUUUUACCUUUAAUGCAGAAGUUUCAGUGUUCAGAGAAAUCUGAUGCCAAACAGUAGAAAUCCAAAACCCUUGUGCCUGCAGCGAUGUUUUAUACAGUACCAGUUGCCUUAUUAGAUUUUUUUUCUUUUAGCUGUGCUUUUAAAAUUAUUUCAAAACUGAUCAAAGUCAAUAGCAGAUAGAAGAAAACAUUGUGAAAUGUACAAAAACAUCAAACAACAAUACACCUGUUGGUCAUCCGUGAAGUAAAAAUGUGAUUAUUAGUAUUAUUAAUAUUACUAUUGUCAUUACUGUUGUUGGUUUUUGGAAUUUUUCUGCGUGGAUAUUUUCUGUAUCUUUAUAAAGGUCUUGUUUAGAGUUUGCUAUAAUUAUCAUGCUGAAUUAUGUGGAGACUUAAUCACUGAUCUUUUUUUAAUUUAUGGAAAAGAGUUAUUCCUUAUGUUUUAUCCUCUGCUUAACGGACACUUAAUAAAUCAUUAUUUAUACACA